ACAGGUGAUCUCCAUGGUCAGUUUGUUGAUCUUCUGAGGCUAUUUGAUUUCGGUGGUUAUCCUCCAAUUUCGACCUAUCUUUUCCUUGGAGACUAUGUGGAUAGAGGCAAACAAAGCUUAGAAACAAUAUGUCUGCUUCUGGCAUACAAAUUGAAGUACCCUGAUAAGAUUUUCCUGUUAAGGGGAAACCAUGAAGUUGCAAAAAUUAACAGAGUCUACGGUUUCUACGAUGAAUGUAAAAGGAGAUUCAAUGUUCGGUUGUGGAAGAUAUUCUGUGAUUGCUUCAACUGCUUGCCUAUGACAGCCCUUACUGAUGACAAAGGGCUGUGCAUGCAUGGUGGCAUCUCACCUGAGUUGAAUAACUUGGAUCAAAUAAAGGAUAUUGAGAGGCCUACAGAAAUUCCUGACUAUGGUCUUCUGUGUGAUUUGCUUUGGUCUGAUCCUAGUUCUGAUACACUAGGAUCAGGGGAGAGUGAUCGUGGUGUUUCUUGCACAUUUGGAGCAGAUAAGCUUGUCGAGUUUUUGGAGAAGAAUGAUCUUGACCAUGUAUGCCGAACUCAUCAGGUAAGCAGAAGUAAUUUAACCGUUAUUUUAUUUUCUUUCUACUGA